AGUACGCAACUUCCGCGAUCUCGCUGCUGAGCAUUGAGCAAAAUGGACGCCUUUGUGUCUGUUUUCGUUAAAUUCACACUAUAAAUAGUGUUUUUCUCGCGAUCAAUCACAUCUGAAUGUAUGUUGUUUACAUGAUUUAGCAAAUAAUGCCACAGCCACAGAUGACAAUUGAGUGGAUUUCUUGAGAAGAAGAGUUUGAGAAGAAAAUUGCUGAAGGAAGGACUGCUACAGUUAUCCAGGAUAAAAAAUAUUCGUGGCAUUCUACCAAUUGAUAAGUCGCUAGCUGAAGAGGAACCAAAACUUGUAGUUAAAAACGUUUCUUUGCUUAUUAAGAUCGUUCAGCAUAAAUAAUCAUUGGAAUCAGUUAACUAAAGGGUAAUCAUUCUAAAGGAUCAAAUCAUGGAUCGUUUACUGCAAGAUCCAAGAGCUUCAUCAAAAUUUGGCUGAAUUAUUCAAAAGUGAACAAUGGGAACUUAAAAGAGACUGCGUUAAGUUCCCACAAUUAACAUUAGUGUUAGUGUUGUUAAUCUUACGUAUUAUUAGGUCGAAUUUGGUAAAAAAAAAAGAAAAAAAAAAAGUAGCGAUAGUGGAUUGAUCUAAAACGUUGAAAAAUUCAGUGAUGAUUAUUUUCGAUUUUUCUGCCGAUUGUGCAAAAGAAGACAUUUUAUUUCCCUUGAACCAAUAUCAAUGGAUCAUUAAGGGUAAAAAUUUUUUUAUAAAUAAUACAAGUGAUUUUUCUUGUUCAAACAAAAAAUUGACAUCCCAAGGAAAUCAUCUGUAAGAUAAUUUGUAGGUCGGGCUGUAAUGCCAGAACAAAUCAAAGUCAAAAUGAAUGGGGUAAUUCCAAGUGUACCAAUAACAACCCUCGCAGGUAUUGCGAGUCUUUCUGAUUUAUUAUCAGAAAUGCCCCUGCCCACGCCAUUACAACAAACUCCAUUAACCAAUAAAUCUCUCCUUUUUCAUCCUCGAGUCGCAGAAGAAGCACAAAUAUUAUUAAGUGUUCGGGAUGACAAUUUAGUUCCACAAUUGAUAUCCUCAUUAUCUCAGACAUCAUCAGAUCAUAUUGAACUCAAGGAUCAUUAUGCAAAUACGGAACAGUCCCUUGAUUCAGAACAAAAUACACCUGAAUUAUUAAAAGCAAUACUUGAAAUAAAUCCGCAUGUUUUUAAAGGACCACAAUAUAAUUCACCGAGAAAUUGGUCACAAGGCACAAACGUAUUACACGCAAAUCAAUCACCAGCAAGUUGUGGACGAUUUUCCCCAUCAUAUUCAAAUUCCUCUGGAUCAAGGCAUACGCCACAAAGUAGUCCUGCUCAUUCGGCCGCAGCAAAAACGGUCCUACCUCCUCCCGCAACUGGCAUAUCACAUGCUCAGCAUCCAAGAAUGCCAAUUACACCUCAGAAUUAUGCGGAAAUGUCGCAGAUGUCUCCGUUUGCUGUGCCUUCUCCUUCGCCACGAGCGAGCGUUAUAACGGAACAAACAAGAACAUCAACGACGCCACAACACGCGACAGAAGAUUCUGCAUGUACAAUGUCAAAUGUUAAUCCUCAACCGAAUAUGUAUUCACCGGCUCAUAUGAAUUCACCGAAUACACCAUUAUCGAGUUUAGGUAAUUUAACUCAUAAUAUGACACCAAGACAAAAUAUUCAUAUGACUUCACCGAUGCAAGUCACUUCGCCAAUGCAAGUGGCAUCACCCAUGCAAGUUGCAUCUCCAAUGCAAAUGACAUCACCCCUUCAAGCUCCAUCGCCAAUGCACACUGACGUUGUUCAACAUCAAAAUAUAAAUUUACAACAAAAUAUAUUCGAUCCCGUAAUACAACAUUCAAUGGACAAUCAGAAUAUGGUUUUUCAAAAUACAAUGCAGGAUAAUUCACAAUUUGUCCUCGAUCCAACAACAAAUAUUCCCGAUAUCGCCUUAACAUUAGAAAAUCUUGAUUCAAAGCAAACUGAUUUAGAAAAUGUGAUAGCUGAUAAUACCGGAAGCAGUAGUAUAACACAAAUAUUUGAUAAUAUUCAACAAAAUUGUUCAGAGAAAGAUCAAAAAGUGCCAAUGAAAGAACCGGUUGUAAUGCUAAAUAGGUUAUCACUCGCCGAUCAAGCGCUAAUGCAAAAAAGUUUAAGUGCAUUUGUUGAAAAAGCACCAACACGCGCUGCAAAAAUGGGUUUAAUGAAUAGUGAAACAGUAAAAUCAGAUUCUGACAGUGAGGAAGAAAUUGGAAGAAAUAAUAAACAUUUCAAAGCAAGAGCCAAGGAACGACAAGAAAAAAGGGAAAAAGAAAGAGCCGAAAGAAAAAAAGAGGAUAAUAAAUCAAGAAGACGAAAGAGAAAUCAUGAUGAUGAUGUGGAUUAUGUUGAGGACGAUGAUGAUGAGGAUGGUGACAGCGAUGAUAAAAAAGAAAACAGUUUAUCACCAUCAAAGCCAAAAAUUAGAAAAUACGAGAAAAAACUCGUGCCAGUAUUGGCAAAAUUAAGUGUUGAAGAACUUAUGGAAACAAAUACUUAUCAACGUUUUAAUUCAACGAUGGAUACAAUUUUUGAAAAUACCGAAGACGCAGCAAAUAUGACAGAUGAAGAAGAUGAUGGGAAUGUACCACAAGAAUUACUUAUUCAAAAAUAUCAUUUACAGGAAUUAUGUACAGAAGCUGCGAAAUUAAAAGCCCUUGGAGCAAUGGAAUCAAUACCAACUGAUAGAUUAGUGAGGCUUUUAAAUAUAUUGGAAAAAAAUAUAAGAGACGGUGCUAAAGUAUCGCCACUUGCCGAUCCAGACGAUGAUGUUGCAGCAAGUCGAAGAUGGUCAAAUUUAGUAAUGGAACGUGUACAACGUGCCGUUGACGCAUCCCUUGUCUCAUUACAUAUUAUGACAUCAACAAAUAUGCCGAAAACAGUUUAUCUUGAAGAUGUUAUUGAUCGAAUAAUAAUUUUUAUGAAAUUUCAAUUACAAAAUACAAUUUAUCCCUCAUUUGAUCCUGUCUAUAGAAUAGAUUCAAAAAGCAAGACUGACACUUUUAAUUCAAGUGGACGAAAAAAGAGAGGUCACACAAAAGAAGUAAGAGAAAAGAGUAUUCUUCAAAUAUAUAAUAAAAUGACAGAACUUGUUGGUUUAUUGUCGGAAUUAUUUAAUAUUCAAGUUCUCACCGAUACAAGUGUACUUCAUGCCUCAACAUUGGGUGUAUCGCCAUUUUUUGUUGAAUCAGUAAGUGAUUUACAAUUGAGCGCAUUAAAAUUGGUUACUGUUAUUUUUACAAAAUAUGAAAAACAUCGAAGACUAUUGUUGGACGAUAUUUUGGCAUCAAUAGCAAGACUUCCAAGUAGCAAAAGAAGUUUACGUUCAUAUAGACUUAAUUCCGAGGAUCAUAUUCAAAUGUUAACAGCGCUUGUAUUACAACUUAUUCAAUGUGUUGUUGUUCUUCCAGAAAAUAUUGGUCAUGAUAAAACGGGAAGAAAAGAAGAUGACGUGGAGAAAAAAGAAGAAAAAAAAACAAGUCACGUUGAUGCUGAUCUUUUGAUUAUUAAUAAAUAUGAUAAUGCAACAAGAACGGCGGCAAAUUUUCUUCGUGUUUUUCUCAAUAAAUGUGGUAGUAAAGGUGACGAAGUUGAUUAUAGACCAUUGUUUGAAAAUUUCAUUCAAGAUUUAUUAGCAACAGUGAAUAAACCCGAAUGGCCCGCCGCUGAAUUACUUUUAAGUUUAUUGGGUAAAUUAUUGGCUGGUCAUUUUUCAAAUAAAAGUUCCGACAUGUCAUUAAGAGUUGCGUCAAUUGAUUAUUUGGGUGUUGUUGCUGCAAGAUUGCGAAAAGAUGCUGUUAAUUCUGCCUGUAAAUUAUCAACAAUUGAUCAAAUUAUCAAGGAUAUUAAAGCUGAACAACAAAAGGAUUCCGAUUAUGAUAGAAUUCAUGAUCAGGAUAUUAAAGGACUCACUGAGGAUGAAGAAAGAACUGUAUUUUUACAAAAAGUACUAUUAGAUUAUUUGGCUGUUAAUGGAACAAAAGAUGCAUCAUUGGGUUAUGCGAGACAUUUUUAUUUGGUACAAUGGUAUAGAGAUUGUGCUGAUGAAAAAACACGCGUUAGUCAUCAGCCAAAACACACUAGUCCAAGUAAAAAAUCACAUAAAAAAAGAACGAAAAAGAAAAAUAAACAUCACAGUGAUGAGGAUAGUGAUUCAGAUAUUGAGGAAAUUGAUCCCGAUGAGAAUGAUAAUAAUGAGCAGAAAAAUUCCGAGACUUAUAGAAUUAUUGAAGAUAAAAAGAAAUUAAUAAUAUCAAAAGUUCGUCCCUAUAGUUCGGGUACGAAACCUGAUAUUUUGCAAACUUAUAUUGAUUAUAAUUCAGCGGAAUUAAUUUCACAAUAUUUAGCAUCGAAACGAUCAUUUUCACAAAGUUUUGAUAGAUAUUUGAUGCAAAUAUUACAAGUGUUAACAGAAUCAUCGAUUGCUAUUAGAACGAAAGCAAUGAAAUGUUUGACAAUGAUUGUUGAAGCAGAUCCUAGUGUUUUGGGUAGAAAUGAAAUGCAAAUGGGAGUGAGACAUUCUUUUCUUGAUCAUUCAACAUCUGUUCGUGAAGCUGCUGUGGAUCUUGUGGGAAAAUUUAUACUCAGUAGACCGGAAUUGAUUGAUAAAUAUUAUGAUAUGUUGUCAACGAGAAUAUUAGACACUGGUGUAAGUGUACGAAAAAGGGUUAUUAAAAUUUUAAAAGAUGUUUGUAUGGAAUGUCCUACAUUUCCAAAAAUACCGGAAAUUUGUGUGAAAAUGAUAAGAAGAGUAAAUGACGAAGAAGGUAUUCGUAAACUUGUAAUGGAAGUUUUUCAAAAUAUGUGGUUCACACCAGUUUCAGAACGACCGACUGUUGAUUCUGAGGCAUUAUUGAGAAAAGUAAUGAAUAUUACUGAUGUUGUUGCCGCCAGUAAGGAUAUGGGACUUGAAUGGUUUGAACAACUUUUGGUUAGUUUAUUCAAGCCAAAGGAAGAUAAAGAUGAUAGUACAAAAAUGCAAACGGAACCACCAAAAAUUUUAUUGACAGCGUGUAAACAAAUUGUUGAAUGUUUAAUUGAAAAUAUUUUACGUCUUGAAGAAACGCCACUUGAUGGUAUUGAACAUUCAGAAAAGAAAGGAUCAUCACAACGAUUGGUGGCUUGUUUAACGACAUUGCAUUUAUUUGCAAAAAUACGACCGCAACUUCUUGUUAAUCAUGCAAUUACACUACAACCAUAUUUGAGUUUAAAAAUGCAAACACAAGGUGAUUAUCAAAUUAUAAGUAGUGUGGCGCAUACUUUAGAACUUGUUGUACCAUUAAUUGAACAUCCAAGCGAGACAUUUUUAGCUCAACUUGAAGAAGAUUCAGUGAAAUUAAUUUUACAACAUGAUAAAUCAGUGGUUGCAAGUUGUCUCUCAUGUUUAGGUUCAAUUGUCAACAAUGUUACAAGAAAUUUUAAAUUAAUUCGAGAUUGUUUUAAUAAAUAUUAUGGACAUUUAACGGAAUAUAAAUUAAGAUACGAGAAAGAUCCAACGCAUCCUAUUUUAUUGAAAUAUAGACCAUUCUUUCGUCGUGCAUUAUUUACUGUUGGUUUAUUAUUACGGCAUUUUGAUUUUACUGAUGCUGAAGUUAUACAAGGUUUACCGGAAAAUAUCAAGGAUCAAGUUUUCGAUACUUUAAGUUAUUUCGUUCAUGUUGAUAACGAGGAUAUUAAAUUAUUCACUCUCAAGUCAAUUGGAUCUCUUUGUAUAAGACAUUAUGAAUUUAUGAUGCUUGAUGAAAUUAAGGAAUUGUAUCAUUAUUUAUUAACAUCUGAAGUUGCAUCCGAUAAUAUGAGAAUUCAAGUUUUAAAUAAUAUUGAAAUCUAUCUACAGGAGGAAGAAACAAGAAUGAUUAAGCAGGAUCAGGCGUGGGCAAAACUUUCGAAACAUGAAAAUUUGAAAGAAAUGGGUGACGUCUCUUCUGGAAUGGCGAGUACAGUUAUACAAUUAUAUCUUAAACAAAUUCUCGAAUCGUUUAUACAUCAGAAUGUGAGUGUGAGGCACGCUUCAUUGAAAGUUAUUCAAUUGAUUCUUGCCCAAGGUCUCGUUCAUCCUGUUCAAAUUGUACCCUAUCUUGUCUGUAUGAGUACUGAUUGUGAAAAAAUGGUGAGCCACAGUGCAGAUAAACAACUUCAAGAUAUAGAAAAGAAAUAUCCUGGUUUUAUUCAUAUGAGAGCACAAUUUGGAAUCAAACUCAGCUAUAGAUUGCAAAGUAUCCUUCAAAAUGACACAACAGUUCGUGGUAUGAGAACAAAAGAAGGCGAAUAUCCUUCGGGAUUAAAUGGAUUUCUUUAUACAAUUUUGCGAAGCACAAAACAACAAAGAAGAGCAAUUGUUCUUUCAUUUUUGAAACAAUUUGAUGAGACAGCUAAAACAAGUCUCUCACAAAUGCUCUAUCUUGCUGAUAAUUUAGCCUACUUUUCAUAUCAAGUACAAGAUGAGCCACUUUUCAUUAUUCAUCAUAUUGACAUUAUUAUAUCAAUGUCAGGAACAAAUGUUGUACAAUCAUUCAAGGAGAAUUUAUUACCAAAAGAGGGAAGUUCAAAGAUGCAAAAUUUUCCCGCUGAACAGACAAUAAUGAUUGGUCCUGAUGGACAGCCAAGAGCUGAUCAAUUACUCUCAACUCUCGAGGAUGAGGAGGACGAUGAAGAAGAUGAGGAAACACUUUUGUCACGUUUACCCCAAGAUACACGAAUUCUACGCGAAUUAAUAACAGCGAGUCAAGGUUUUUUGCUUCUUCUCACAUUGAGACAACAUUUAAAGGAUCUCUAUGGUUUUUCAGAUGCAAAAAUUGGUCAAUAUUCACCGUCAGAAGCUGCCAAGGUCUAUGAAAAAGCAGUAACAAGAAAAUGUAGCUUACAAUUUAAACCAAAAGCAACAUUACAAAAAUUAAAAGAAGGUGAAAGCAAUGAAGAAUUAGAUGAAGAGGGAAGAAGAAAAAUGUUAAAAGCAUAUUUAGAUUUUAAACAAUUAAUGUUGAAAUUUGAUCCUGAAGAUCCCGAUGAAGAUGGCGAUGGUGAGGGUAAACGUGAGACAAUAACACUUCAUGGAAUGAAUGCCGAUUCAAAUAAAUUCACAGGUGGUACUGUGACUAUUCAUGAGCCAAUUGCGACGAAUAUUAAUUCAACGGAUCAUUCGAAUAAUGCGAUUAAUCCAAUGCCACCAAGAGUUCCAAAAAUCACGAUUCACGCCAAUCCCGAAAUGAAGGAGCACAAAAAGCAACGUCAACAUAAAACGGAAAAAGUGAAAAAACAUAAGAAGAAAAAACGAAGAAGAAUCUCUGACAGCAGUGAUAGUGGCGAUGAUUGCAGUGAUCCUGAUUUUCAGGUGUGAGUGACGUGUACAUAUUACCUUAAAAGAAAAAAAAAAAAAAAAUACAUUUUUCGUCAGUUUAUUUAAGGUUUCUAAAUAAAAAGUGUCUCUCGUGCAAAACAAUCGUCGAUACCGGUGGUGGACGCUCAUUUGCGCAAAGAAUAAAAAAAAGGUCAAACUAUACGUCAAGAAAAAAUACUGAAAUUAGGGUGGAGCGAUUAGUGAAUUGUUAUAUUAAUUCCACGACUGUCCAAUAUAUUUUUUUUUAUUUUCUACUUAAUAAGAUCUUCAUUUUUUUUUUGAAAAAGAAUGUUUUCAAAAAAAAAAUUUUUUUUGUGAAUUUAUCUAAUUGAUAUUAUUUUCAAGUGAAUACAUUUUUGAAAAAUUGUCUAGUAGGUACAAAAUUGUUUUUUUUUUUUAUUAAAAAAAAAAAAGAUUCUGUUUGUGAUGUUGCGUUUUGAAAAUAAAAAUUUGGUCAUUUAGAGAAAUAUUAUUUUUCUUGUGAUAUAAAUUAUAUUUGGUAACUCUUUGUAAGUUACUGUAAAUGGAAAAAAAAUCAAUUCUAGACUUUAGAAGAAGGAAUAACUUUUUAUUGUAUUUUAAAUUUUACUAUACAAAUAUUUCUUAUUAUUGUUAUUGCAUUUUUAAACCAAUUUCAAUUAUUGAAAUUUUUAUUCAUGAAAUAUGUAAAUGUUUAAUCGAGUCAUAUAUUAUAUAUAUAUUUUUAAAAAUUAUUUAAUGUGCAAAAUAAUUUAAAUUGUUCUUUUUUUUGGGCUCCAUCCUAAUUAAUCAGUUGAAAAAAAUGAUCGAUGAUCUAGGAAUUAAUUACCCUGAUUGUUCAAAAAAAAAAAGAAAAAAAUGAUUAUAAAAAAAUUGUUAAGUGCAGGUUGAUCUUGCUCUUCAGAAUCUUUUGAAGCUUUCUCUGGACACUUUAAAUAAAGAUCGAAUAGGAAGUUUAACUUUGUAGUACAAUAUAGAGUGCUAAAUAGUUAACGAAGUUUCACUCGAACAAAAUUAUUUGUAUGUAUAUAAAUAACGUUAUUAAGGAAAGUACUAUUCUUGCAUUGUUUAAUUUUUCUUUUUUUUCUUAUUUGUUUUUUUUUAAUUAAAUGUAAGAGAAAAAAAAUCAUAAGGACCAUUGUCUUACAAAAAAAAAUUAGAAUGAUUAUUAAAAAAAAAAAAAAACAGGGAACUUUUGUCAAAAUGCUUUUUCUUGAAAAAAUUCGAAUUAAAACACUCUCCUCAAUGUGUAUAUUAAAAAAAAAGGAACAAUGUGGUAGAAUGAAUUAACUAUAAUAUACAUUAUACGAAAAAAAAACGUUGUAAAAUGUGUACAUAAAGAAAAAGAACUUCAAGUAAAAUAUCUUAUUUUCUUACAAAAUAACGAAGAAUACUUAAAAUUUUGUUACAAUAUUAGGUAUUUAUUCUGAAAUUUGUUAGCGCAGUUUAUAUAUUUACGAAACACCAUUAAUUUUUUAAAGAAGGCAAACUUCUUUUUUUUCUAGGUCUUGAAGUUUUAUCGUUUUUGGCCAAUUGCAUUUUCUUUUUUUUGUGUAUUAGAAAAAAUUUCUCUGAUUUAAGUUCAGAGGAAUUUCAUGAAAAAGAAAAACAAUUUUUUUUUUAUCAGUUUAAAAAAAAAACGCUGUGUAGCUAAUUUAUAUAAGAAAAAACGACAAAGUAUCCCACUUUGCGGAUUAACGAGUAUUUAUUAAAUUUGUAAUUAGAUUUCGAUGAUUUAUAUUGUAUACAUAUUAAUAUUUAAGUCGAAUGAAAAAAAAAUCUGAAAAUCGAAUUUUUAUGAUUUUAUUUAAAAAGAAAAAAAAAAAAAAAAAACUAUAUAUAAUAAUUAACCAGUGCACGCAAUAUGAAUGUUCAAUGAUUUGCGAUAAAAUGUCUCUUGCCGUUGAGAAUUAAAAAAAUAUAUAUAUAUGUCUUUGUCUUUUGAUCGAAAAAUGUUAAUUUUUGUCUACUUUUAUGGGAGAAAAUUUAAAGAAAAUCCGUGACAAAUUACUGAGGAGAAAUUUACAUUGAUCUUUUUUUUAAUUUAAUUUCUUCUUAAUAAUUUUUUUAAAAUCAUUUUCUUUAAAAAUUAAGUGUGAAUGAAUUGCUUAAUACACUGUUAAGAGCUGUGAUUUUAGAUGACGUUUUUCUUCACAAAAAAAAAAGAAACGUAAAUGCGCCGAAAACAUUUUUAUUAUAAUUUAAAUUAUUAUAGAGACAUUCAUGACUUGGCGAACUUGUGAGGUUUGUUUUAACAGUGUGCAUAUAAGAGUGCGUGGAAUUUUUUUUUUAUAAAAAAUAAAAAGCGGUUAAGAUCGUUAAUCUGAGCCUCACCGUCCUUUUUAAGCGUGCAAUGGUAGAAUAUAAUAGAAAAAAAAUGCUUCUUUUCUUACGAGCUUGUUUGAGUUUUCUAAAAUGGAUUGCUAUUAUAUAUAUAUAAUGUUAGGAAAUAGAAAACUUUUAAUUCCGUCAAUUCGCUCGAUAAUCCGUACAAGUGGCGUUUAUUAAUUAAAAACUGAUAAUAAUAGAAUAAUACGCAGUGUGUGAGAAAUUGUAUUGUACAAAUUUUUACGUGUGUAAAUAUUUAUUAUUAAAAAAUUAUUAAAAAAAAAAAAAAAAAAAA